AUGCGAUCCACCGUGUACAAAGCCACGGCGGCGGCCGCGACGACGGCGGCGGCGGCGGGGCCGGGCUUGCUGGAGCCUGGCCCGGAGGAAGAGGAGGAGCCGCCGCCGCCGCCUCCCCCCCAUCUCCGCCAGCCGCCGCCGCCGCCUCCCGCGCAGAACCAGGUCCCCGUGCCAGCCCCGGCGGCCGCGGCGGGUCCCAAGGGCCGGGCCAGCGUCCCGGCGGCCGCCCCGGGGCCGCCGCAACAGGAAGGCGGCGGAGGGGGCGGCGGCGGCUGCUGGGGCGGCCUGGUGCCUUCGCCGUGCCCGGCGGGCAGCACCCGGCAGGCGGGCGUGGGCGAUGCCGCCGGCAGCUCCCGCCCCUCCAAGUACCAGGCGGUGCUGCCCGGACAUACCGCGGCGGCGGCUGCUGCUGCCGCGACCGCCGCCGCCAAAGACGGCAAACGUGGCGGCGGAGGAGGCCCCCACUCCGGGCCCGGAAGAACCCCCGCGUCUCUUUCCCCUUCGCCGCUGCCUUCGCCGGCCUCCGCCACGGCCGAGCCCGGCCAGCCGCCACCGGGGACGGCGGCAGGGGGAUCGCCGGCCUCUUCGGACCCCGGCGGCAAGUGGAAAAGCGGGAGCAGCAGCAGCAGCACGGGGAGCGGCGGCGGCGGGGGGAGCAGCCUUCGGAAAAGCCCCAUGGGGGCCGGCGGGGGCGCCUCCAGCCAGGCGGCCUGUCUCAAGCAGAUCCUGCUGCUCCAACUGGACCUCAUCGAGCAGCAGCAGCAGCAGCUGCAGGCCAAGGAGAAGGAGAUCGAGGAGCUCAAGGCCGAGAGGGACACGCUCCUUGCUCGAAUUGAGCGCAUGGAAAGGAGGAUGCAGCUGGUGAAGAAGGACAGCGAGCGUGAAAAACACAAAAUAUUUCAAGGAUACGAAACUGAGGAGAAGGUGGAGCCUGAGGCGCCAGAGAAGUUGCCCAUUGAAUGCCCGCCCCAAGAACUCCUGGAGACACCGAAGCCGUUGUCUUUGAAACACUUCCCAUAUGGAAGAAAUGGAAAGGGUCACAAACGAAAGUCUGCGUUUGGAAGUGCGGAGAGGAAAACUCCAAUUAAAAAGCUGGUGGCUGAAUUCUCAAAAGUCAAGUGUAAAUCACCAAAGUCUUCUCCGUUGAAAGAAGAACCUGGCAGUUCUUUGACUGAAUCAGUGACCAGACGUGAACUACGAAGUCAGGAGACUCCAGAGAAAGCCCGAUCUUUGGGAGAUGCUCUGCUGAAAUCCUUGGCCCCUCUGAAAGGAGCUGGGGGCCAUGCAAAGGACAAGAGCUCAUGCAGCGAAACAGAAGACUUGGCAUACCUUUCCACCACUGAAAUGUACUUGUGCCGGUGGCACCAGCCGCCUCCUUCCCCAUUGCGAGAACCUUCUUCCAAGAAGGAGGAGACUGUAGCAAUUCCAUCAUGGAGGGACCAUGUGGUAGAGCCCUUAAGAGACCUGAAUCCUUCGGAGCUUUUGGAGAAUUUAGACGACAAUGUCUUCUCCAAACGGCACGCAAAGCUGGAGUUGGAUGAGAAGAGGAGGAAAAGGUGGGAUAUCCAGCGGAUCCGAGAGCAAAGAAUUUUGCAGCGACUGCAGCUGAGAAUGUAUAAAAAGAAAGGAAUUCAGGAAUCUGAGCCUGAAGUUACCUCAUUUUUCCCAGAGUCAGAUGAUGUUGAAAGCUUGCUAAUCACCCCUUACUUGCCUGUUGUAGCAUUCGGCCGACCACUACCAAAAUUAACCCCACAGAACUUUGAACUGCCGUGGCUGGACGAGCGAAGCCGUUGCCGACUGGAGAUGCAGAAGAAACAGACGCCUCACCGGACGUGCAGAAAAUAGGCAUGCCCAGUAGGAGGUAUCUCUGCCUCCGUGUUUGGCCUGGGCUGUUUGCAGCAAACGUCAGAGAACUGAAUAUGUUCUGUCACGUCAGUCUUUCUCCCCUCGAUGUACAUUCUUGUUCACUAUAGACACUUUUAUGCUUCUGUAUG